ACCGACAGAGAAACCAUUUGAAUUAUUUGAAGGUACGAACAACCUAUUUUAUCUGAUUUUAGAAUCGCCAAUGAACACAUUUUGUCUUUUGUACAAAUUAAACCAUUUCGUACUUGUAAUUUGAGUAAAGCCUUCCAUUAGAAAGACAACUCGCACGUGGAGUGCAUGGAAACGAGGCUACGAUACUUAUAAAAUCUGAAGUAAAACACUUUCGCAGCAAAAUGCCGCCAAAAUUAGCAUCAGGAACACUAAUUGCACGGAUGCAAAAUGCAACUYAUAAUCUGUACGAACUUUUCGACGAAUUUAAUACGAUUUAUGAAACAAGACCACAAAUAGAAAGACUUAACCGCAUAUUUAUCCAAGUUGAGUCUAAAUACAGAAAAGUUAAACAACAACUCGAAGAUAUCGCUGAUAGACUCAUAGAUGAAGGUGCAUCUACAGAAGACGAAGCAUCACAAGCCAACAGAAAGUUUGGAAAAGAAAUAAAGGCCGACUAUUUGCAGAUUGCUGAAAAGUUCGCGCUGUACGAAAACGAAUGCAGUACACCAAAACAAGAAGGCGCAAAACAGUUUGACAACGCAGGAUCUCUGGAGGCCAUGACAGCAGCAGUUACAAAGAUGGCAAAAUCCCUAGAAGUGAAAUCCAAUCCCAGUGGUCUAGAAAGAYUGUCUGUCCCGUCAUGGGAUGGAACCCGCAGAUCUUACGCAACGUUUAAGAAAGAAUUCAACCACUGGAUGACGAAAUACAAACAAGACGAAGAAGAGCAGCUACAACGCUUCCGGAAAGCCAUGCCAAAGGGCUGGUGGUCAGAUCAAGUCACAACCUGCAAAAGUAUCACUCAAGCUUGGAGCAUCCUAGAUGUCGAAUUUGAAGACAAAAGAAAACUUAUGGACAGUCUCUUAACCGAGAUAAAUGAUCUUAAAGCCAUCAAGAGAGACUCGAAAUCUCUGAUGAGUUUUAGCACCACAGUACGCAGGUACGUCAACGACAUGGAAGACAAUGACUGCUCAGUAACGAAAUCUACAGAGUCACCAUUUUUCAUGUCCCAGCUUCUUUCAAAACUGGAUCCCAGAGAUAACGUAGAGUACGGCCGYGAGAUGCAAAGACAGCGCAAGYCAGAAACUGUCAUGACGCUGAUUGAAUGGCUUCAUCARGAGGCAAACCUCCGAUCAAGGGGGAAGCGCGACGACAACAACGCUGACGACGACAAGGCAGAUAAACAGAAACGAUCCAUAUUUUACCGAAGGUCAGACAGUCACGCCGUUGACAGCACCCAAGCCUUCGCAGACGACGACUGUAUACUCGGAUGCCCUACAAAACAUCUACUGCAAACCUGUACCAUCUUCCAGAGCUUAACAGUAAGUCAACGCUGGGAUAUUGUCAAGCAGAACAAAMGUUGUCGCAAGUGCCUUAGACUACACCAUACCAACGAUUGUCAAAAGGCCGACGGAACAUCGUGUGACAAAUGUACGAAGAACCAUCACCGCCUUCUCCACAGCGAAAAGAAAGAGAAUUUACUAGUACCAUCUUUCAUCAAGCCACCUGCUAUCAGCAACAAUAAUGCACAAACCAGUUCCCGAAGUGAGAAAACAAAAUCUGUUGCUGGACUUUGCCCAAUACAGAAAAUAAAAGCAGUUGACGACAAAGGAACAUCUGUAGAAYUGCUCGCUAUGCUUGACAGUGGAUCAAACACAAGUCUUCUGUCRAAGAGCGCAGCAAAACGGCUCAACCUGAGUGGAUCUAAAACUCACCUCACCAUGAAUCUAGCUGGAGGAGGUACGAGAUCAGAAGAAUCUGACCUCCUGGAGAUCACGAUCAUGCCAAUCAACGAACAGAGUAUCAAGAAGACUUUGUCAGUAUAUACAGUGCAAAAACCAUGCAGCAGUGCCAAGACGGUGUCAAAMAAACUCGUAGAAAGUUACAAACACCUCAAACAAGUAUCAGAUGAAAUAUACCUUGCUGGUGGGACAGYAGAUCUUCUAAUCGGAACUGAUUUUGCGGAUGCAUUUGUCGAUAUACACUCUAUCACAGGAGAGACCSGUGAACCCAUCGCCAAAAGAAACUGUUUCGGUUGGUAUAUCCUGGGACAGUUCCACUCAACGUCGAUGACCGAAAACAUCCAGUUCGUGGAUGUAGGAACAGUAAGCAUUGCCGAAGACAUCAAAUCACUCAUCCAACAGGACCAACUAGGAAUUAAGCCAACGGAGUUCUGUACAUGCAACGACAAAGUUCUUCAAGAGAGCAAGUUUAUCAAGUCCCUUUCAAAAUCAACAACCCUGGUCGAAGGACGGGUGCAAAUUAAGAUGCCCUGGAAAGAUACUGGUCCGCCUAAACAAAGCAAUUAUGACAUUGCCUAUAAAAGAAUGAAAUCAUCGGAGAGGAGCUUCAACAAGAAGAACUGCUUCGAAGUUGUAGAAAAGGAAGUUCAGAAACUUAUCGAUCAAGGCUUUAUCACACAAGUACCAUCAGAUCAGAUUGACCACAACAAACCAGAGUGGUAUUUACCAYUUCAAGCUGUCUUCACUCCUGACAAGACAACUAAAGUUCGUCUGGUGUUUGAUUCAUCCUCCAAAGGGCAUGAUGGAUUGAGUCUGAACGACCAUUUAGAAAAGGGCCCAAAUUACAUCAAUAAUCUCUGUGACAUCCUUUUGGCUUGGCGUUGGGACAGUGUCGCUUACUCUGGUGACAUAAGGAAAAUGUUCAACCAAAUCACAGUUCAUCCAGAAGAUCAAAUCUUCCACCGCUUCUUAUGGAGGAAAAGCCCUCAAGACCCGCCUACUGUGUAUCAGUGGCUCAGGCUGAACUUCGGAGACAAACCAGCCCCAGACAUCGCCACCAAUACGAUUAACUUCCUCGCAAAGUCAUCUGAAGACCAGUUCCCUGAAGCUGCAGCGGAACUUAGAGAACAUGCAUAUGUCGACGAUAUUGGAGGUUCAAAGAUGCAGUCAUCGGAAGCAAAGAAAGUCAUCAAAGACAUCGACACAAUACUGAGCAAAGGACAAUUUAAAAUAAAGGCCUGGCACUCAAACAACAGAGCCAUAGACCAAUCUGAAGGAGACCAAUUCACUGAUCUACUGGGACACAGAUGGAACAAAGACACAGAUACUUUCUCCCUCAAAAGAAAUGCAAUCACGGCACCUCAUCAGAACUUGACGAAACGAAACUGCCUAGCACUCCUCGCUCAAAUCUGGGAUCCCAUUGGUCUAGUGUCACCAGUAACAGUAAAGUUCCGAAUCGAUCUUCAAGAUCUUUGGAGCUCAGGGUUUAACUGGGAUGAUGUCCUACCCGAUAGCCUUCAACAAAAAUGGAGAGAAAACUUGGAGGUAAUGAAUCAUUUAUUGACCUUCGAGUUCAAGCGACAACUAAAGCCUAGCAACGCAGUUGGUCCACCCGAAGUCCACGGAUUCUCUGACGGAGGGGAGUUAGCCUAUGGAGCCGUCAUCUUCCUCAGAUGGGAACUGAAAGAUGGAUCCUAUAAAUGCGUCCCAAUAAUGAUUAAGCCCUUCGUCGCACCACUGAAAAAGAAGUCGAUCCCGAGACUCGAACUGCUUGGAUGCCUCGCUCUUACCAGGAUGUAUGACAGCU